AUGUCCGACAUAGCUCUUCUGGUGGCCGAGGACUACGAGGAGAGGAGGAGGAGGAGGAGCGAGGGGUGGGAGAAGGAGGAGAAGCGCGUCCGCUUCUUGGCUACCUUCUCUGCCAUGGAGGUGGCGAGGAAGACGGCGGCGAUGGCCUUGAAGGAAGUGCGCCGGGCGGUGGAGCCGAGGAGCUCCGUCGGGUCCGCCGCCUUCGACGGGCUCUUCUCCGCUUAGUGGAUCCAUCGUCGAAUUCAAAAUCCAAAUCUGGUUUUGAAAGGGGGAAAAAACUGGGGACGUGUAAAUAUUUCUAUGUUUCUGAUGUAAAAAAAUAUGGAACAUAAAGCGGAAUAAUUGCGGUUAAUUUAAAUAAAAAGAAGAAAUCAGGGAUGUUAUCGGAUCCGGAUUUUACCCGAA